AUGAUCCCGCGCCACCAGCUGGUGCAGUCUGUGCUCCAGGAACUACAGGAGGCUACAGAAUGCUUUGGUCUAGAGGGGCUCACCAGCGCCGCCCUGGAGGCCGAGAGGACAUUGUCCUCUUUCUCCUUGCCGAGCUACCGCGGGAGGCAGUUCCAGGAAGAGCUGGAAGUUGAUCAGGUAGCCAGAAGCCUCUAUCCGGAAGAUGCGCCCAGCAACAUGCUGCCUUUGGUUUGCAAAGGGGAGGGGAAUCACUUGUUUGAGGCUGCCAGUGUUCUGCUGUGGGGGAACACCAGCCUCAGCCUGGAGCUGCAGGUGCGCACAGCGGUGGAGAUGCUGCUUCACAAGCAAUACUACCUGAACGGCAUGAUUGACUCCAAGGUAAUGCUGCAGGCUGCCCGCUACUCGCUCUGCACGGAAGAGUCCCCCGAGAUGACAAGUUUACCUCUGGCUAUCCUAGAGGCCAUUUUCGACGCUGAUGUCAAAGCCACCUGCUUCCCUGGCACCUAUGCCAACAUGUGGCAUGUGUAUGCCCUGGCGUCAGUGCUGCAGUGCAAUAUCUAUUCCAUCUACCCAAUGAGCAACCUGAAGAUCCGGCCAUACUUCAACCGAUUGAUUCGACCCAGGAAAUGUGGCUCACAGGUCUCCAUGCUCCAUAUCAUGUGGUCGGGGCAGAAGGUCUCCUCCCAGGUUUUCAAAGCGCAAUACUUUGUGGCUGUUGUAGGCCUGGAAGAGCUGGAACCAACAAGCCCUCAGCCAGAGCCUCAGGCACAGCCGGUGAAGACCCUGGAGCUGCUGAACAAUGAUCCCCAGGUGACUUACUCUAACCUACGUGAGAGAUACAGCAUUACCAAAAGCACCUUCUAUCGCUGGAAGCGUCAGUCCCGAGAGCACAGGCAGAAAGCGGCGACUCGGUUUGCAGCCAAACACUUCCUGCAGUCCUGCUUCCAAGAGGGGAACAUUGUCCCUCUCCAGCACUUCCGACAAAUGUUCCCAGAAAUAUCUCGCUCCACUUACUAUGCCUGGAAGCACGAGCUGCAAAGCGUGACCAACGGCGAGGCCUCUUCCCCUGGUGAAGUCGUGUCCUCAAAUGAACCUCAUGCGUCCAAAACCGUGAAGCCUCAGACGGGGGUAUCCGGGGCAGCUCCAUUGCAGGGAAGCCUAGAUUCCAAAAGCUCUCUCCUGAAUCCCGGCCAGAAUGGGAUCUCUAUGCAAGGAGCCAAGUCUUACUUGGAGAAAUGCAUUUCCAUGAACACUCUCGUGCCUUACAGGAACUUCAAGCGCACCUUUCCCGGCAUCUCCAGGUCCACUUACUACAACUGGAGGAGAAAGGCCAUCAAGGGGAACCCAAACUUCAAACUUCCCCAGCCUCUUCCUGUCAACCAGAAGCCCCUAGUGAACAGCAACCCAUACCUGCUCCUCAAGCCAGAAAACUUGCCUAACAGGAAGGUGCUGAAUGGGCACCGGCCAGGACCACAGAUUCUCUUGCGCAUCAAGCCCUCUCUGCACAACUGGCAGAAGCAGCUUCGUGACUUGGCCAAGAAACGGGUCCGCCAAUGGCGCAUGCCCUUCUGUAAGUUCCGCCUGCGCUACCCAGGUGUCUCUUCCACAGCCUAUUGGUUCUGGAAGAGGAAAAGCAUCCAGAAGAAAAAGCACCGACUUUCCUCAAACAGGGUUUUUAAACACUCGCAAAAUGCUAUCUCAGAGUCUAGGAAGAAGAGCGAGCUUGGAUUUUCUCCACUGCAGCAAAGGGAGACAGCUCCAGUGCAUCUGGGCCAGCCAGUGCCUAAACCCAACAACACCAGGAUCCCGGGCUAUCCAGUGCCAGAAAGUGUCAACAGCCGCAUGUUUGUGAUGGAUGUGAUCGCCACGGCUCAGUUCAAAGCCCAGGCCAAGCUGUUCCUUCAGCAGCGCUUUGAAUCAAAGACCUUCCCGACAUACAAAGAGUUCCGAGCCCGCUUCCCCUUAACAGCACGCUCCACUUAUUACAUGUGGAAACGUGCCUUGCAUGAUGGGCUCACCCUGGUGGAUGCCUGA